AUGCCGGCCUUCGCCGAGCCAGCCAUUGAUCCGCCUCUGGCGGACAGCUACCGCGCGCUGCUGCGCACCGACCAGCUCCGCCGCGGCGGCAUUGCGCCCGCGCUGUCGCCGGCGGUGCCGGAGAGCGUGGCCGUGCUGGAGCGCGACCUGCCGAUGAUCGACUUGAAGCGCCUGACGAGCGGCGACGCGGGGGAGAGGAAGGCGUGCGCGGACGCCAUGGCGCGCGCGGCGUCGGAGUGGGGCUUCUUCCAGGUGAUCAACCACGGCGUGGGGCGGGAGCUCCUGGAGGAGAUGCGGCGCGAGCAGGCGCGGCUGUUCCGCCUGCCGUUCGACACCAAGGAGAAGGCCGGGCUCCUCAACGGCUCGUACCGGUGGGGCAACCCGACGGCUACGUCGCUCCGGCACCUCUCGUGGUCGGAGGCCUUCCACGUUCCGCUCGCCAGCAUCUCCCGGGAGGACUGCGACUACGGAAAGCUCAGCUCCUUGAGGGCCGUGAUGCAGGAGGUGGCGGACGCGAUGUCGCGCGUGGCGGACACGGUGGCGGCGGCGCUGGCGGAGGACCUCGGGCACGAUGCGUGGGGCGGCGAGCCGGCGUUCCCGGCGGGGUGCGACGGGACGACGUGCUUCCUGCGGCUCAACAGGUACCCGGCAUGCCCGUUCGCGCCGGACACGUUCGGGCUGGUGCCGCACACGGACAGCGACUUCCUCACCAUCCUCUGCCAGGACCAGGUCGGGGGCCUGCAGCUCAUGAAGGACUCCCGCUGGGUCGCCGUGAAACCCCGCCCCGACGCGCUCAUCGUCAACAUCGGCGAUCUGUUUCAGGCGUGGAGCAACAACAGGUACAAGAGCGUGGAGCACAAAGUGGUGGCCAACGCCAAGGCGGAGCGCCUCUCCGUCGCCUACUUCCUGUGCCCGUCGUACGACUCGCUGGUCGGCACAUGCGGCGAGCCGUCGCCGUACAGGCCGUUUACCUUCGGGGAGUACCGGAGGAAGGUGCAGGACGAUGUCAAGAGAACCGGCAAAAAAAUUGGGCUCCCCAACUUUCUCAAACAGUCUCCCGUUGACGCCAUGAAUCACAGCCUCUGUACUUAA